UCUUUAUUUCGAACACCGAAUCUGGGUGUUAAAAACAGUUUCGGCUUAAAAUAAUAAUCUAAAAAUUUGCAGUGAUUUCCACAGCAAGCGAAGUGUGUGUUAAGAACCAAAUUACAAACCAAAAACCCGCACAGAAGUGGUCCAAAGAUAACGAGGAGCAACAAUAUUUCUCCCACUGCCUGUGUGUGCGUGCGUGUAUGUGGUAGUAGUAGUAUUUUUCAUUUCUGUUUUCGCUGUACGUGCGGAUUGAUUCAUAUUAUUUUAUUACAUGCCGCCUGCGAUGUAGAGCUGCUGAUGGCCCCUUUUUCACGGGGGCCGCGGCUAAUGAUUCCACAGACCCUAAAAAGAACAAAAAGUAAAGCAGAGACAAAAACAAAUUACGCCGUAGAUGAAAGGAAAAGCGCCAAGAAGAAGCAACAGUGAAUACGUCAAAUAUUUCUAAUCUCCAAUACCAGUGCACUCUAAACGUGUGUGCUCAAAAAUUCUGGUGGCCCCAAAUACAACAAAAACAAGAAACAUCCGCUCAGGAAUUGACAACUGAUACGUAGAAUUAUGAACGUUGAGAGCCAACUGAAGACACCGCUAACGCACAUACGAAAUCUGGUCAAGCACGUGAACAAGCGAAAUUUUAAUGAGAGCAGCGAGCAAAUAAAGCAGUACGUUAAGGAACACGGCCUGGAAGCAGAUCGCAGCAGUCUGCGCCACCUGUUCUCCGUAAAUAACUUUAACGAUCCCGCGCCAUCGGUUACCGCCCAGCUGCAGGCGAAGCUCCUGGGCGCCCAGUUGCAGCGCCAGCUGCAGAGCUCGUCGUUUGUGUCCAACAUCUGCUACGCUUUCGACCAGUAUUUCGUCAGCAACCAAAAGUCCCUUAAGCCCUCUGCGGUAGCGGACCUUGUUAGCCAGGUCGCCCGACUCACUGGUAUCAACAAGCUCUGCGAGUGCAUCUUUGCCUUGGCCGUGACCCAUUCCUCGCACUCGGAACUAAGACAGUCGGCCAGGAACAACCUAAAAGGCAGCCUCAGUGAGCUGAUUGACUCGUACCUAGGCAAGAACAACAGCAGCCCGGCAAGCACCGGACUGCAGGAGAUCUCCUUUCAUCUGUUACAGUACCUUCUCUGCUGCUUAAGCGAGUACGUCAAUCCACAGCUGGAGGCGCAGUUUUUGGUCAAGCUUCGAGAGGAGUUUCCUCGCCACGCAGUGCCGCUGGUUUUAGCGCCGUUUCUGUACGGCUCGACGACGGCGACGAUUGCGGAAGCAGGUGCCAGCGAAGCGGAUGCUGAGGCCGAAGCUACGGUCAGCGGCAACAGCGCCAGUUCCGAGGCAGAUGCUCUGAACGAGGUGGGAAUCGAGGAUAUCUAUGACGAUUUAAGCGAGAUAAUUUUCACCAACCAGGGCAAAAAUAAUAUUAUGGACACAUCCUGGAUAAAUCUAAUCCUUGAAAUCGGUUAUGAAUUUACAUCGAGCGUUGAAGAGUGCAAAAACCAUUUGUGUUCCCGCGAGCGAGAUCGCGCUGAGCUCCAGCCCAAAGAUGUCGCCAAGAUCGUGGGACUCAUGUGCCGUCGGCACUCAUCUCUGCUCGAUUGUAAUGUAAAUUUACCGACACCGGCGAACUUUUGGCCAGGCCAGGGGCAAGGUCAGGGACAGGGCGCUGGCAGCAAUACCAGUGGCUCCUCACAGGCACAAAACACACCGCAGCAGCAGACUUCGGGCAGCACCAACAACAACGAUGGCAGCGACAGCAACUCGUCUAGUGAUAAGAAGGACAAGAAGGAGACAACGGACGCGACGCAAACAUGGAAGCCGGAUGUCUUUGUGCAGGCUCUCAAGGAGGUCGUGCCGCAACUUAACUGGAAGGACGUGUGCAUGGAACUCGAUCAUCCUGAGUUUGUGCUGAAGGAUCGCAUCGGCUUGGACCUUCUGUUGACCAUCCUGCGGCUGGCCACUGGCUCAAACAUAUUCCCACAUCCAGAAUGCAUUUACCGACACUGGGCAAACACAGAGGGUCAGCUGUCGCUCAUCGCGACGAUGCUAAAGAACCCGGAUCUCUUUUCCUUCGCCGACUUUGUAUUCAGCCAGCCAGCGUUGGAUGUGCUCAAGACGGCCCCCGAUGCGGACAACAAAGAGAUCUCGGCCUGGAAGUCACUGCACCUGGUAGAGGUGCUGCUUUCCAUUGCGGACAAGGGCUACUAUACACAGGUGCACGAGCUCUUGAAGUUUCCCGCACAGAAUUGUCCCGAUGUGCUAUUUUUGGCUUUGCUGCACAUAAGUCCACCUAUGACCCCGUUGCGCCAGGAUCUGUUCAACCAGCUAAUACCAACGUUUCUGGGCAACCAUCCGAAUUCGAACGUAAUCUUGGCCAGUGCCUGGAGCUCGACAAACUUUCAGCUGCGCCCCAACAUCAUGAACGCCAUGUCCGAAUGGUAUUUGCGCGGCGGGGACUUUGACCAGGUGAAGCUGUCGCGCAUCCUUGACCUUGCCCAGGAUCUCAAAGCGCUGUCCGCCCUCCUCAACGCGCGCUCGUUUUUGUUCAUUAUCGACCUUGCUUGCCUUGCCUCUCGGCGCGAGUACCUGAAGCUGGAGAAGUGGCUAACCGAUAAGAUCCGCGACCAUGGGGAGCCCUUCAUGCAGGCCAUGAUCAAGGUGCUGCUGCGACGCUGCCCGCAGGUGGUCAACUCCAAAGUGCCCGAAGACUUGUUGCCUCCCAAACAGGCCCAGCUCUUGCCCGAGACGGUCACCACCAUGGUCAACUGUCUGCAGGCUUGCAUUAACAACUGCAUUGUGCCGGAGAUGGUUGAGAUGAUCAUGCAGAUGACCGCAAACGUGGCGAUCAUGGCGAACAAGGCACGUGCGCAACAGCAGCAGCCAGGGCUGGUUCCGCCUCCGCCUCCCAACAUUCUGCGCGGUCAUCGUGGCAUGGAUUUGCCUGGCGGCAUCGUUCCUCCGCCUCCGCAGCCAACGUUUUCUGGCAACCUCAACGCGCAGAUGUUUGGGCUUGGAAUGGAUCCGCUUACCAAUAUGUCUAACAAUCUGGCCGGCCUUAAUCUUAGCGGCCCGAACGGAGCUUUUAACUUCGGCAACAUGCUAACCUCUCCUUCCCGUCUAAUGACUCCGGGAGCCAGUCCCUAUCCGUUGAAUCCCAUGCAGAUGCCGCAGGCUCCGCCGCCACCCAAUGUCGGAAAUCUCGGCCGUAUGCUGCCGGGUGGUCCACAACAGCAGACACCCACGCCGACUCCAACAGCCCCUAAUCUGAACAACCCCGUUAUGGCCGACCUGCAGAUACCUGUAUCCAAGGAGGUGGAGGAUGAGGUGAACUCGUACUUCCAGCGCAUCUAUAACCACCAACCGAAUCCUACACUGUCCAUCGACGAGGUGUUGGACAUCUUGCAGCGCUUUAAGGAGUCCAGCAACCGACGAGAGCAGGAGGUCUUCCUGUGCAUGCUGCGAAAUCUUUUCGAGGAGUACCGCUUUUUCUGUCAAUACCCGGAGAAGGAGCUGCAGAUUACAGCGCAGCUCUUUGGAGGCAUCAUCGACCGCAAUCUGGUUCCCACUUUUGUGGCUCUGGGUCUAUCGCUGCGGUGUGUCCUGGAUGCGCUUCGCAAGCCGGAUGGCUCCAAACUCUACUAUUUUGGUGUGACGGCACUGGACAGAUUCAGAACACGAUUGCACACCUACAACAAAUACUGCGAGCAUAUCCGCUCCAUCCCCCACUUUUCGGACUUCCCUCCACACCUUAUCCAAUACGUUGAAUACGGAAUGCACGGUCAGGAGCCACCGCCGCAAACGCUAAUUGGUCUCAGCAAUACGAUCCCGUCUGCGAUUUCCACUGGACCACAAACCGAGGCGCUCUACAGGAGUAACUCAAUACUAGGUAACAUGCCCAUAGCCACACCCGGAUCGGGACCAAAAUCAAGCGCUGCGGUGUCGCAUGCCACGAGGAUGAAGUCCAUCGCCAACGCGACUAAUAUCGACACCCUAUUGGUGGCCAACCAGGAGGAGAAGGUGACGGUACCGCCGGAACCUGUUCAGGACAAAACUGCCUUCAUAUUUAAUAACUUGAGCCAACUGAACAUACCCCAGAAGUGCGACGAGAUCAAGGAGAUCAUGACCAAGGAGUACUGGCCCUGGCUAGCGCAGUAUUUGGUUCUUAAGCGAGCCUCAAUGGAGUUCAACUUCCACACGCUCUAUUACAACUUUCUGGAUGCCCUCAAGAACGGCGAGAUCAAUCGAUUCGUGACCAAAGAGACGCUACGCAAUAUCAAGGUGCUUCUGCGAUCCGAUAAGGGAGUUAUUAACUUCUCUGAUCGAAGUCUCCUGAAAAACCUCGGUCACUGGCUUGGCAUGAUGACCUUGGGGCGCAAUCGGCCCAUCCUUCAGUUGGAUCUGGAUCUGAAAUCUUUGUUGGCCGAGGCAUAUCAUAAGGGACAGCAAGAACUGCUUUUCGUAGUCCCCUUCGUGGCGAAGAUCCUUGAGUCAUCCGCCAAGUCGCGCAUUUUCCGCUCGCCAAAUCCCUGGACAAUGGGCAUUAUGUACGUGCUGGGCGAGCUCCACCAGGAGCCAGACCUCAAGCUGAACCUCAAGUUCGAGAUCGAGGUGUUGUGCAAGACACUAAACCUGGAGCUGGCCAAACUGCGACCAGUAAUUUACCUGAAGGAUCCCAGUCGCGCUCUACUAAUUGAACAACAGAUGUCGCAGCCAAAGCCAAAGCAGCUGGAGCCCGUGGCACCUGCGCCCUCGCUGCCACGUGAACAACAAUCCCCGGCACAGCCGCCGCCGCCACCUCAACAGCAGCAGCCACAACAACAACAACAGCAACAACAACAAGCUCCUCCACCUCCACCAUCUUCGGCGGAAGUGGACGCCCAGAAUGCGGCCGCUAUGAUGAUGGGUUCGGGCGGAGCCAGCAGCACUUCCGGAUCGGUCUCCUCGCCAAAUCUGCCUACCGAUCCUAGCCAGGUGGUGCUGCCCCCGCCGGAGCCACGCUUCUCCUACGUAGACGUGAACGUGAGCAACUUCCAGCUGAUUGCCCAGCAGCUUAUUCUGCCGCCCAACAUACCUUUCCUUCACGCGAAUCCCGGCAUCAAACACAUCGCUAUCAACGCCGUGGAGCGCACAAUCACCGACUGGCUGCAGCCGAUCGUAGACCGAAGCAUUCGCAUCGCCUGCGCCACCACCGAGCAGAUCAUCCGCAAGGACUUCGCCCUAGAUGCUGACGAAAAUAGGAUGCGCACUGCCGCCCACCAAAUGGUACGCAACCUGGCCGCCGGCAUGGCUAUGAUCACCGGCAAGGAUGAGAUCGCCCGUGCCAUUAGCCAAAAUCUGCACAAGGCCUUACUGUCGGCUCUUUCCGGAAUCCCCAGUAUGACGGAGAUCCAGGCCGCCGCCAUGCAGUUGGCCAGCGAGAAUGUCGAGCUGGUGUGCGCCUUUAUCCAAAAGACAUCUGCUGAAAAGGCUGCCGCCGAAAUCGAUAGGCGUCUGAGCACCGAUUUCGAGACCCGAAAGAUUGCCCGUGAAGAGGGCAACCGCUUUGUGGACGCUCAGAUCCUCAGCUACCAGCAGGAGCGUCUUCCAGAAGCAGUGCGCAUCAAAGUGGGCCCUGCUCCAGCUACACUCUAUGCUGUGUACUCGGAGUUCGCCAGGAGCAUUCCUGGGUUCCAGCAGAUGAGCGACCGGGACAUUGCCCUGUCCGUGCCCAAGCCACAGGAUUUGUCCCAGCCAAAUGUGUUCGCCAACGAUGAAAGCAGCUUGGUGUACGCGGAACUUGCCAGCAAGAUGGAGGCCUUCAUGAACACGGCCAUCGGGGUGCCGUCGCUGCAGGUGCAGGCCAGCAAGAUGCACAUGCUCCUCAACGCCCUUAUGUCCACGCGCCGCCUGCGUGACCAGGAGUCUGCCUUCAAUCUGCUGACCCGUGCCGUCGAGGGUUUGACCGAGGGACUGGUGAAUAUGCACGAGAACAUGGAGCAGAUGAAGCUCUACCAAAAUAUCCACCUGCGUAUCAUCGGCCUGCUGCACAACAGCUUUGGCGCUCCAAACACGGAGCGCGCAGUAACCAAGUGCUUCUUCGAUAUCCGCGAGGAGGUGCGAUACAAUGUGGAAGCAGCUCGUGCGCUGAUUACCUCGCACUUUGUCAACCUUAACCAGUUUGACGGAAUGCUUCGCGACUGCAUGGACAACGGCAACAACUACGUGGCCAUCUCAUUCGGUAUCGCACUACUGGAGCGCCUCAUCAUGGACGAUCGAGUGAUAAACAUUGUGUCCGACAACGAAUUCAUGGCCACCGUAGAGCUUCUGGGCAGACUUACCCAGCACCGUCAUCGGUAUCCGGAGUGCAUCGUCAACGCCAUUGACACGCUGUGGAGCGGAAACUUCAACUCGAGCAGCGACUACAGUCCGUUCAACGCGAGUGAGCGCUACCUGGCGGGAGCCUCCCACUACAUUCACUCCGGCAUGCAUCACGUGAGGUCAUGCGAUACGGAUGAUCCGCCCGGACUGCAGGAGAAGACCGAGUUCUUGCUUAAGGACUGGGUGGCCCUGUACACCCAACAGAACCAGCAGUCUACGCGCGAUGCCCGCAACUUCGGUGCCUUUGUCCAGAAGAUGAACACGUACGGAAUCCUGAAGACCGACGAUCUGAUCACUCGCUUCUUCCGCCAGGCCACGCACAUUUGCACAGAUGUGGUCUACCGAAUGUUCGCAGAGCCCAGUCUGCCAAUCAACCAGGCCAAGAACAAGAUAUUUCAGUGGGUCGAUGCGUUCGUGCACCUGAUUGCGAUGCUGGUGCGACACUCCGGAGAGGCAGGCAAUCCGACCACCAAGAUUAACCUGCUGAACAAGGUGCUCGGCAUUGUGCUGGGCACACUGCUCAAGGACCACGAGAUGCGCGGCGUGAGCUUCCAGCAGGUGGGCUACCAUCGCUUCUUCAUGAUGCUCUUUAUGGAGCUCUGCUCGGCCGACGUGAUCCUCGAGUCGCUGAUGCACAGCAUUGUGUCGGCCUUCGCCUACACCUACCACCUACUGAAUCCCAGCGUGGCUCCGGGCUUCUGCUUCGCUUGGCUGGAGCUCAUCUCGCAUCGCGUCUUCCUGGGCCGCAUCCUGGUCCAGAUUCCAGGCCAAAAGGGUUGGCCGCUGUACGCGCAACUGCUGCAGGAUCUGUUCAAAUACCUUGCGCCCUUCCUGCGCAACACGGAGCUCGGUAAGCCAGUCCAGCUCCUCUACAAAGGCACUCUGCGAGUCCUGCUCGUCCUCCUGCACGACUUCCCCGAGUUUUUGUGCGACUACCACUUUGGGUUCUGCGACACCAUCCCGCCCAACUGCGUCCAGAUGCGAAACAUCAUCCUGUCGGCGUUCCCUCGCAACAUGCGCCUUCCCGAUCCUUUCACGCCCAACCUGAAGGUGGACAUGCUGUCGGACAGCAGCAACGCACCCAAGGUGCUCAGCAGCUACAUCAUGAACAUCCAGCCACCGAACUUCAAGAAGGACCUGGACUCCUACCUUAAGGCUCGGGCGCCGGUAACAUUCCUUUCGGAGUUGCGUGGUCACUUGCAGGUGACCAGCGAGCCAGGAACGCGUUACAACAUGACGCUGAUGAACGCUCUGGUCAUGUAUGUGGGUACUCAGGCGAUUGCUUUGAUAAGAAACAAGAACUUUGUGCCCAACACCUCCAACAUUGCACACAGCGCCCACAUGGACAUCUUCCAGAACCUGGCUGUCGAUCUGGAUACGGAGGGUCGCUAUCUGUUCCUAAAUGCCAUCGCAAACCAGUUGCGCUACCCGAAUAGCCACACGCACUACUUCAGCUGUGCUGUGCUGCACCUGUUUGCCGAGGCCAACUCGGAGGCUAUUCAGGAGCAGAUCACGCGUGUUCUGCUGGAGCGAUUGAUCGUGAACCGCCCGCAUCCGUGGGGACUGCUCAUCACGUUCAUUGAGCUGAUCAAAAACCCCAUUUACAAGUUCUGGAACCACGACUUUGUGCACUGCGCGCCGGAGAUUACCAAGCUCUUCGAAUCGGUGGCCCGCUCCUGUCUGGCCAAGUCGAGCGUUACUCAGCAGCUGAACAUGCCCGUCGUCGAUGGCGAGGGCCAGGAGGUGGCCAACAUCAACUGAGAAAACGCCACCGUCCGACGCUUCUGCCUGGAGGUCUGUGCAAGACCCAGACGCAGGCAGUAGCAGCCUGGGCAGGCACACCACUCCACCCGCCCCACGCCCCACUCACAGCACAGCAUUCAUUGAAUUCUACUAACCAUCAUUGUGUUUAGUUCUUAGUAAAUCGUUUUAAGGAGACAGUGAAAUCCGACUUGUAUUUAAACGAACGGAAACGAUAACAUUUUAAAUGCCUCCCCUCGCAGGGGAAUGUUACAAAUUUUUAAUUGAGUUGUAUUAUAAAUGGUAGAUGAAGGCGUUAAACUGUUGAUUACAGAUAAUGUGUAAAGAAAUCAAUCAAACAGAUAGAAAGAGAAUAACGAAAAACGAAACACAAACAAAAAAAAAAACAAAACAAAGAAAAAAAAUGAAAAUCGAAAAAGGAAAAACAUUUUCUACAAAAAAAUUGCAAUGGCAUAUGUAGAAAGCGCGGAGUGGAUAACAGAAGAGGAAGAGAGUAGAAGAAAGCAGCAAGGGCUAGCUUUCUAGCCAAAGGCCCAACUCAUUUAUAGACUAAUUCCGUUUGCAAAGGCUAACAAGUGAUGUAUAUGAUGUAUGUACAGACAUGCGUUCACCGAUCGACCGACACAAUAUAUACAUUCAUAACAAAAGCUGCGACACAAGAAACCACAACAAAUCUACAUUGAUAAAUAAUAAUCCAUUACAAUCGAAAUAAGUAACACUAUGCAGUAAGAGAACAAUAUAUAUAAAAAUAAUAUGUAUACAAAACAAAUAUUAAAUGUAUAAAUGGCAAAAUUUUAAAA